AUGGAUCAAAUGUUGAGUCCCGGUUUCUCGAUUCCUAGUAUUGGAGCAACUCCACUCCAUCAAAUGGAUGCAGACCAACAGAUUGUGCCCAAUCCUGUUUAUCAUCCAGCAGCGGACACACAUGACUUGAAUCAUAUGGGUAUGCCGUCGUUACUAAAUAGCGGUAAUUCACCAUCAACAGCUAGCAACUCUAAUAUGGGCGGGGGUACACAUCCGACAUUGCCGACAGCGCAUAAACAAAUGCAAUCCUACCAAAGUUCCAGCUCAUUGAUGACAAAUGGAGGCGCGCCACAAAGUCUUAUGCAACCACAAACGCCACAAAGUUUAAUGUCACCAAUGGUUCCCAUGAGUGAACGCGCCGAUAACCUUAGUAAUAUACAUCAAACUAUGGGUCCCGCAACACCCAUGACACCAAUGACUCCAGGUUCCGCUGAUCCUGGUAUUGUACCACAACUACAGAACAUAGUUUCAACAGUAAACCUUUGUUGCAAACUAGAUUUAAAAAAAAUCGCUCUUCAUGCGAGAAAUGCCGAGUAUAAUCCUAAACGUUUUGCUGCAGUAAUUAUGCGGAUACGAGAACCUAGAACUACAGCACUGAUAUUUUCCUCUGGCAAGAUGGUAUGCACCGGUGCAAAAAGUGAGGACGACUCUCGACUAGCAGCACGGAAAUAUGCGCGAAUCAUUCAAAAGCUAGGAUUUCAGGCGAAAUUUCGUGAUUUUAAAAUCCAAAAUAUGGUUGGAUCAUGCGACGUGAAGUUCCCAAUACGAUUGGAAGGUCUAGUACUUACACAUUGCAAUUUCAGUUCUUAUGAACCUGAGCUAUUUCCUGGUCUUAUUUAUCGUAUGGUGCGGCCUCGUAUUGUGCUCCUGAUAUUUGUGUCUGGUAAGGUGGUGCUGACAGGAGCAAAGGUGCGCCAAGAAAUAUAUGAAGCUUUCGAUAAAAUAUUUCCUAUUCUAAAGAAAUUUAAAAAACAAUCUUAACACUUCUGUUCGUUGAUUGUUUUCUUUGCUAAAGUUGUCAUAUUACUUGGCAAAUACGCUCCAUUACUAGAUUGAUUGCAGUUACACAUAUGCAGUUUUGAGGGAUCAGAGAGCUAUUUUCCAUAACAUAUACAACUAUUUAUAAUGUAUGUGUAAGUGUUUAUUGUAGUUUAUUCAUAAGUUGUAACUAGGUAGCUGUGGGCUUAAAAGCCUCGAAGUAUAAAUAUGGUUUGAUUUUGUACGGUCUCUAAUAUUUGUAAACUAUUUAGCGUGACUAAAUAUUUUCGAAAUAAAUUACGGAGUUCUGAAAAUUA